UUGCUCAAGAAGGGCAGGCUGUUCGUCUGGUCGGAUGCUCGAGGAGAGGCGUUCAUGAGGCUGAAGCAGGCGGUAGCCGGGGCGUCGUUGCUCCACAAGCCGGUUCCAGGAGCGCCGCUCGUCAUCGAAACAGAUGCCUCAGAGGUUGGCAUUGGCGCGGUGUUGAAGCAGGUGCAAGAGGGCAGAGAGGCCCCGUUAGAGUUCGCGUCCAAGAAGUUCGCAGACGCGGAGAGAAAGUGGGAUACGAGAGAGAGGGAGCUCUUCGCCGUCAAGUGGGCUGUAGAGAAGUGGUGCGACUACGUAGCGCUCCAUCAUUUUACCUUACGCACAGAUCACGCCAACCUACGCUACCUUGUGGGGUAG